AUGAAGAUGCCACCAGUGAUGCUGAUUGUGUUGGGCUGUCUAGGCUUCACCACAGGCGCCGUGAGCUCCAGUGACGUCUACCUAGAUACCUUCCGAAGUAAUGUUUACCUGGAGUCCUUCCAGAGCGAUGUUUACCUGGAAACCUUCCAUAGCGGCGUAUGGAAGGUCCCGGAGGACACGCCUCUCAACCUCACACUGUCUCUCGGGUUCAACGCCAGUGACGCCGUGUGCAGUGAUGGACGGGACCUGACAGAGGCGUGGCUGGAGGUGACGGUGGUGCUGGACGAGGACUGGAAGCUGGACAUAGUAAACAAGAGCGUGCAGUUCAGGGUGGCGGAGGUGUGUGCCAGAGUCAACAAGAGCCUGGCCUUCUCCGGCUACUACUGGGGACUCACCAAGCUGGCUUUCUUCCUCACCCACAACGACCUCGACCCUUACUUUACUAAUGCAACCUUACUGAGGGACGAUCUUAGGGUCAUCGUAGACAGGAAGGGUCACGUGCUUGACCUCAUCUUCAUUAUCUUCGGGUCAAUUUUCAUGCUGUUCAACAAUGUCAACAUGGGCGCCCAGCUCGACCUGGAGAUUAUCAAGGAUGUUCUUCGGCGACCUCUGGGCCCCGUGUGCGGCUUCAUAUCUCAGUUUGCCUUCAUGCCCCUGUUUACGUUCAUCAUGGGUCGCAUAUUCUUCACGGACCCGCUGCAGCGUCUGGGACUCUUCACGCUAGGCUGCAGCCCCGGCGGCACCAUGUCCAACUUCUGGACCCUCAUGUUCAACGGGGACAUCAACCUCUCCAUCACUAUGACCGCCGUCUCCACCGUCGCUGCCAUGGGGAUGAUGCCGUUGUGGAUGUUCACGCUGGGCGGGAAGCUGCUGGAGGAGAACGCCAACCUGCGCAUCCCCUACGGCAACCUGGCCGGCUCCCUCAUCAGUCUCACGCUGCCUGUGGGGAUCGGCAUCUUCAUAAGAUACCGGAAGCCCCAGUGGGCGGAGAUGGGUCGUCGCAUCAUCAAACCAUUUACCUUCGUCAUAAUAUUAUUCUUCAUGAUUUUGGGCACCUGGAACUCGUACAAGGUGUUCACCAUGAUGACAUGGCAGAUGGUGGUGGCGGGGACGCUGGUGGCCAUCUGCGGCUACACCUUCGGCGCCAUCUUUGCCAAGCUGUGGUGCCUCUCCACCGACAAGGUCAUCGCCAUCAGCAUUGAGACUGCGCUCCAGAACCCCGGCGUCUCCUUCAUCCUCCUCAAGCUCUCACUACCCAGCCCAGACAGUGAUCUGGCAGCGUUACCAGCCAUGGCCACCAUGAUGAUGACAGGUCCUCCCAUGAUAGUCGUAUACGUCGUGUACGCCAUUCUCCGCCGCUUCUGUGGCUGCUGCCCCGACCCUCCCUCCCCCGUGCUCCUGGUGGACGCCUCACUGCACGAGACACACAAGGAGACGCCGCACGAGAUCGUCAAGCUCCUACCAGAGACGUUCAAGGAGAACCCGUACGAGGUCAAGCUCCUACCAGAGACGUUCAAGGAGAGCCCGUACGAGGUCAAGCUCCUACCAGAGACGUUCAAGGAGAACCCGUACGAGGUCAAGCUCCUACCCAAAGACAAAGAUGUUCUCUCUGUAACAACGAGCACAGAAAACGAGAAAAGUGGCCAUGUCAUUGUUUUAUUGGGAUUAACUAAACAAAAAUUAACGGAAAAACAGAGUAAUUUGUAAGUGUACUGUAUCUUUGAUAGAUUGUAUUGUAUUGCGACAAAAAUUAAAUUAUGUAAGGAUCACUUGAUGAAGAUAACGUUAAAUGAUCUUUGCUAUGUUUAAGAAAGUAGAGCCGUCACUGUUCGAAAAUGAUACGACUGAAAAUAAAAUCGCGUCUAGUCUAAAACUCUUGCAGUGUGCGCUAUGAUUUAGUUGUGAAAGCUCUGUCAUCCUUGGUAAACCCAAAUCCUAUCACCAUAGCGAAACACUGAGACAAAGUUGAAGCUGAACUAGUAAAAUUGCAUAACUAAAUACCCGGACUAAUAAAUGUAGUAAAUAAAUUAUAGUCAGAUAAAAUGAAUUAAAAAUUCUGGUCUAAUAAUUUAUCGGUGAAUAUACAUAGAAUUUACUAUAGGUUCAGGACUAGAGAAUAUUCAGUGUCUGGUCAGUACCCCACUGUGGUGCCCUUGUGUACUAACCCUCAUGCAGAUGACAUGCUUUAUAUCUAACCAAAUAAAUUAACCGGUCCUUAGAAUAGAUUUGAUAUACAUAUGAGCCUGAGCAAAACAUGCAUUGUCCCUCAAAUAUCUUACAGCUCCAAUUAUUGUACUUUGCUCAAGCAAUAGAAAAAAAUAGAAAACAAAAUCCUUCCCUGGGAAACUAUACAACAUAUAUAUCUUGCCUUUUAUUUGUAUUUUUUAUUAACAAGCUUAGGUAUACAGAGCAGUGUGCUGCUACACUAUUCAAUAUGAAAGAUUACACAGUGUAGAUCAAAAGCUAGCUAUAAGUUCAUCUCAUAUUCCCAUCUCACAGGAUGGUUAGCCAUACAUGGAAUCAAGGGGAGAAAAAAAACCCUGCCUCAAUUCAAAAACAAAUCAACUCUGACUAAACAAGAAUGUCACGACUUUCACAAGAGCUAAGCAGUGAAUCAUGGAAACAUUACAUUAUAAUUACUCUUACCAGUUUCUACAAGACUCCUCUCAAACAAUGUCUUUUCUUUUCAACAAGCUCAGAUACUCGCCUGAAAGAUUUCAUGGCAAUUUAGAUCUGGGGAAAGCUGUCAAAUAUUUUAUAAUUCAUAAAUUAAAAUUGCGAAGGAAUCCAUCCAUUCUGAGGUUCCAAAGAGACUAUGGUAUAGAGUCUUUAGAACUUUGUAAGGCCACUUGAAGACCAAACCUUAACUUCAAAAAAAUCUACUCAUAUUGUGCUAUUUUUAGCAAUAAUAUACCGAACAAACAACUCAAUAAAAUUAUUCUUUAAA